AAUGCCUCUCGUUUUUUCCGUUUGUUCUUUGGGUUGGAAAUUUCUUAGAUUGCUAUUGAUCUUAAAGCUGGGUUGUUGGCGAUGUUGGGUUUUAGAGCCCACUCUAAGCAGGAGUAGGGUGCGAGUGGUGAUUGAAGUUUCUGGGAGCGAUGGAGAGCGACAAGUACGCUCACAUGGAUCCAGACGAGCUUCGGAACUUGGGGGAAUACGACACUAUUGCGUUCAGGACCGCUAGUGCGGCCGGGUCGAGUGGUUUGGCGGGCAUGAUUCUGGGGGCCAUUACAGCGACAUGGCAGGAUGUUCCGGCCGUCGAGAGGAACGUCGCAAUGCCAGCUUUGAGAAAAACGGGGAGGAUCAUGGGUAACUAUGGCCUGACGUUUGCAGCAAUUGGUGGUCUUUUUGCAUUUACGGAUGCACUAGCUUCCUCUAUUCGCGGAAAGAAGGAUGUCUGGAACUCUGCAUUGGGCGGUGCUGCCGCUGGGAGUGUUCUCGGUCUUCGAGCUGGGAAGUUGCCUGUGGGUAUAGGUGCAGCUGCGGCACUGGCAGCCUGCGCUGUGAUCGUUGAUGCAGGAGGCCAAACUGUGAGGACCCCCACCGGACGCGAGUAUUUGCCCUAUCCCAGGACCAACCCAGAUCUUUAGACACUGCUUUCAUUCUUUUCUUUUUUCAGGAAGAAUAGGUGUUCAUUGGCAGGCGAAUGUCAUGCAACAUCAUUAUGUAGCUAACGAGGGAUUCCUACCCUGUUUUGAAAGUUGCCUGGUUCUCAAGGUGAGGUUUCAAGUUAGCUCAUUAGUGUUUUGCAGCGAAUCCUCCCUAUGUUCAAGGCAUCAAAGUAAUCAUCAUGUUGAAUGGGUUCAAAUGCAGAGUCCUUUCAUGCCUCACUCUUUUAGAUUUUGGGUGAUGCUUCAUAUAUUUUGUGCCAAUGUGGGAUUAGUAUUUCCACGAUUUGGUAAAACUUUCUGCAAGAUACUUCUUGUGCCACUUUUGAUCAGCAAGUUUAGUUGGUUUCCAAGUCACAUAUAGUUGGCCGUUACCAUCGAACAGA